CACCACCCUAUAUCUUUGACGCCGUUCUCAUCUGGCAAAAUGGCUUCCACACUCCUCUCUCCCACUCUUGCUACUUCCACCAAAGCUUCCGUUGUCUUUGCGUCUUCGCUGCAUCGCCGCCAUCCUCUGGUUGGCGCUUUCUGCAUCUUCAGCUUGGGCAUCUGUUCCCCCCUGUAUUCCUCCGCCUCCAAAACGGGGAUUGCUCAAUCUCUUCCCAUUUUCCCUCUCCUACAAUCAAAGUUCCGUAGGCACUUCGCUGCUACUAGCGUUGGUACCAAAGCGAUGGAAGACAAAAGCGCCACUGUUCCAAGCAUUGUUGUCUAUGUUACUGUUCCCAACAAAGAAGCAGGCAGGAAGUUAGCCGAAAGCAUUGUGAAAGAGAGACUUGCAGCUUGUGUAAAUAGGGUUCCAGGCAUUGAAUCAGUGUAUGAAUGGAAUGGAGAGGUCCAGACUGACGCCGAGGAACUUCUUAUAAUCAAGACUAGGCAAUCUCUUUUGGAAGCACUGACGGAGCAUGUCAAAGCAAAUCACGAAUAUGAGGUGCCAGAGGUGAUCUCUUUACCUAUCACCGGGGGCAAUCUCAAAUACCUGGAAUGGAUUAAAGGCAGCACGAGGGACUGACUGCCAAAUGUGGACAUAAAUCACAGGAACCACCUUUGUCUGCUAAAUAAGGUCGCGCGCUGUCUUAGCAAACAAAAACAUAAAGAAGUUCGCAUGUUGUCCAUACGAAUUGGUGACGAGAAUUGAGCAUUGUUUACAACAUGGUGGAUUGGUGUGCUACGGAAUACUGCUGGCUGUUACUAGUUUCUACUUUCUAGACUGGAUAUUAUGUUAUCAGUAAACGUUCUCUUAUGAUUUCUCGUCCAUUCAUCUGAUUUUAUUAAGCAUCAACGGCCGUCUGCAAUGGGAUCCCAAAUCAAGUUGGUCACGUCCACACCCCAUCCCAGCCCCACCUGCCCCCUUCCCUAAAAAAAGUGACAAUUAAAGGGAAGAACACUUAAAGUUCUGUCUUAUUAGAUCUUCCUUGUCAA